GCGCAGAUUAACCAGGAAGAGCAAGGUUUGGUUGUUUGGUUGUUUGGUUGCUGUUUGUUUGAUGGUUUGCCUUAAAAGAGUGCUUCAGUUAUGUGUCGGAAGAGAGGAACCUAACAACAGGUUUGACAACACCCAGUUCCUGUCAUAGCCAUGGUGUGCUGCAAAUCCUGCCCCAGACUGUGCUCACGCUCGUCGGCCUACACUUUGGCCCUCGGCCUGGGCUUCGUCACCUUGGGGACCAGUCGUAUCCUGCUGCUCAAGUUCUCUGCCAAUGCUGAGAACAAGUAUGACUUCCUCCCUGCGUCCGUCAAUCUACUCGCUGAGGCGCUUAAACUGCUCUUCUGUCUGGUUAUGUCAGUCAGGGUCAUAGUCCGAGAGGGAAGAUCAUGCAGAGAGCUGGGCUGCUCCUCCAGCUCUUCCUUCCUCAGCUCCCUGAAGUGGGCUGUCCCCGCUUUCCUCUACUUUCUGGACAACCUCAUCAUCUUCUAUGUGAUGACUUACCUGCAGCCUGCCAUGGCGGUGUUGUUUUCCAACUUUGUCAUCUUGACCACAGCUGUACUCUUCAGAAUUGUUCUGAAGAGGCGCCUUUCCUGGGUUCAGUGGGCAGCAUUAGUUGUCCUCUUCCUGUCCAUUGUUUCCUUGACAACAGGAUCGGGGGGCAACCAAAAUGCCAUAGCUGUGCCAGGACUGCACUCAAACCACUUCUCCGCCCCCUCCAACUCCUGCCUGCUCUACACACAGCUCCUGGAGCAGAUGAGGAACAGCAGUGCCAGUGAAUCAUGGGCGUCGUCCCUGCCCGGGCAGGCCUGGAGGGACAGGGUAGUGGGGAAGCUUCAAUCUCUAGGUGUGGGUCACAUCCUGCUCCUGCUCCAGUGCUUCAUCUCCGCCAUGGCCAACAUCUACAAUGAGAAGAUCCUCAAAGAGGGAGACCAGCUCACAGAGAGCAUCUUCAUCCAGAACAGUAAAUUGUAUGCAUUUGGUGUGGUGUUUAAUGGUCUGACCCUCGGGCUCGGCAGUGAGGCACGAGGCCUCACCAUGCACUGUGGCCUCCUCCAUGGACAUAACAUGUAUUCCCUGGGUCUGGUGCUGGUCACUGCUGCCCUGGGUUUAUCUGUGGCCUUCAUCUUGAAAUUCAGAGACAACAUGUUCCACGUGCUGACGGGCCAGAUCACCACCGUUCUGGUCACUGCCCUCUCCCUCUUCCUCUUCGACUUCCGCCCUUCACUGGACUUCUUCCUCCAGGCUCCCAUGGUCCUGCUGGCCAUCUUUAUCUACAACGCCAGCCGGCCCAAGGACCUGGAAUACAGCCUGCAGCAGGAAAAACUGCGGGUCAUCAACGGAGAGGUGUUCGAAAGGUCCAGAGGGGACGGUGAGGAGCUGGAGCUCCUGACAAAGCCCAACACAGACAGUGAAUCUGAGGAAGAGUCCUUGUAGUACUGACUUACGGCUCAAACCGGGGCAGAAGAUUUUCCUUCUUCACUGCCGCUGCACUAUAGACUUGUAGCCCUGGACGUGGCAGCAGGUCAAGCAUUUACUUGAAUGAAUCAGCGGGUGAACAGUGAAUGAUAGUGUUGAAUGGACAGUGUGAUGAACUCUGUUGAACAUUUGUGAUAACUAAGGCUAUUGUGUAUAUUUUGAAAUGUGCCUGUCUGUUUAAGAGUGCUGUCAAUUAGUCUAGUGGAAGAACCCCCAGUAAUACAUCAGUAUAUGUGCUGAGAAAUAACUGUCACAACCCCUGAUGUGCGAUCAGUAAGGGUCUGUUAUGGAUACUUUAUUUCCUCUAAAAACUCUGACUGUGUGCCACUAUUUGACUGCUUGCAGGUGAUUGAUAAGCUUACAGAUCACAUUUCAUACAGUCUUAUGAUUGUACGGCUUUACACUAUUUUUAACUGUUGUUGGCGCUGUGUAAAAUAAGUGUUUAUUCAAUAUGGUCAAUAUUUAAACAAUGUGGAAAACUUGCGCAAUACAGUCCAGUACAAAGUCACAAACUACGGCUUCAAAAAUGAACAUAUCCCUUUUUUGAAGCUGCAGUAGGUAACUUUUAUAAAAAUAUUCUUCUUGUCAUAUUCACUGAAAACCUAUAUCCUGACAGUAGUACAUGAGACAGAUAAUCUGUGUAACAAUC